CACAAAUCUCCCAAUAUAUAAAUAAAGAACCUUCACCCCUAAAACCAAAACCAUCAUUAACAACUUCAAAACUUUCUAAGCAAGAGAGUACUGAGAGAAAUCCUAUAUUCCUUCUAUAAGUCCCUCAAAUUAUUUUAAAAGAAAAAUGGCUUUUUGGUCUGCUGAGAAUGCUACUAAAGCCUAUCUUAGUACAUUGAAAACGGAUCAAAGGACAAAAGAACCGAAUGUUGCCGAAUUCAUAUCAGCUCUAGCUGCCGGAAAUAGUGCUAGAAAGAUAGCCGUGGCUUGCGCCGGAGCAGCAAAUGCCGACAUACUCGUUGCCCUAAUCGCAGCAGCUAACCAAACACGCGGUCAAGUUGUUUGCGUUUUACGUGGCAUCGAAGAGCUAAUCAUAUCCAAGAAAAUGUUGGAACCAUCAGAGAUUCAUCAGAUACAAUUCGUAGUCGGAGAGUCUAACGACGACACUUUAAUCAAUGAUCAUUUUGGAGAAGCCGAUUUCGUCCUCGUCGAUUGUAACCUAGAGAACCACCAAGAGAUCGUUACAAAGAUCCUUAAUCACCAUGAAGAAAACGCAAGAACCGGCGGUGGUAGUGGUGUGGCGGUUGUGGUUGGUUAUAACGCGUUUUCGAGAGGCUCAUGGAGGUUUAGCGAUGGGAGGAAGACGCAGUUUUUGCCUAUAGGAGAAGGGUUGCUUGUGACGAGGGUCAACGACAAUCAGAAGAUGGUGAUGAUGAACGAUCAUCAUCGUGACCAUGCGAGGAAGAGUCGGUGGGUAGUGAAGGUUGAUAAGUGCACUGGAGAGGAACAUGUGUUUAGGGUUAGGGUUCCACGAGGAGAAGCCAUUAUAGAAGCUUAAAUUCAAACGAUCAAAACUUAUAUAUAUAAUAUAUAUAUAAUAUAUAUAUAUAUAUAUAUUGCUGAAUACUUUAGAGCAAAGAUCACCUCUGUGAUGGUUCAGACGAGUGAAAGUAGUAAGAAGAUUAGUUAUCAUGUAUAAGUAAUUAAGAAAGUUUUGAUUGGUAUUAAUUGGAGUGUUUUAUGUGGUGAGAAAAGUGAUUUCUUCAAGUGAAUGACUUUUUUUGUUUGUAACUUGUAAGUGUAAAUAUGAAAUGUUGUUUUGUUUUAAA